UAAUUAUUAAUUACUAGCUAGCUUGCUAUUUAUUCGUGAGUCUCGCUGGGCCUCGGCGGGGACGGCGCUCUGGGAGCUCACAUCGCCGCAUUGCUCUAUUAUGGGGUCGGAUUGGGGACAGUGCCAGCAGCUGCAGCGGAAGAGCAAGCAAUUUUUGGUCAAGUUCCUCGGCCUGGCGCUUCUUGUUGGCCUCUCCUCCCGUCUCCUCUUCUCCGGUUCCCCCAUGUUCACGCCGGCGAGCGAGUUGCCCUCCGAAUCCAUAGCGGAGAGAUCAGACUCGACGGCGGGGGUUUCUGAGGAGGCGUAUAAAGUAUCAGCUUCAACAGACAAGUCUUCAAUUCCAGUUCCAGAAGCAGUCACAGAGGACCAGGUUUCAAAAGAUAAGUGUGAUCUCUUUACUGGAGAAUGGAUCCCAAAUCCUACUGGACCAACAUAUACCAAUGAAAGCUGCAGGUUUAUUGAAUCUCCUCAGAAUUGCAUGGUGAAUGGGCGUCCAGAUACAGGAUAUCUAUUCUGGAGAUGGAAGCCACAUGGGUGUGAUGUUCCUCCAUUCAGUGCUAAGAAAUUUCUGGGUGGUAUGCAAAACAAAUGUUUGGCACUAAUUGGCGACUCAAUUUUUCGUAACCAUGCACAGUCAUUGCUUUGUCUCCUUUCCAAGGUGGAAGAACCUGUUCUGGUUUUUCAUGAUGAUCAAUACAGAUCAAGGAGAUGGCAUUUCCCCUCGCACAACUUCACGCUCUCGCUCAUCUGGAGCCCUUUCCUCCUUAAGGCCGAGACUUUUGAAGAUGACAACGGUGUGGCAACAUCUGAGAGUAAGCUCCAUGCUGACACACUUGAUGAAACAUGGACAAGCCAGUAUAACAGCUUUGACUAUGUGGUAAUAUCCGGUGGGCAAUGGUUUUUGAAAGCUGCAAUUUAUGUGGAGAAUAACGCAGUUAUCGGUUGCCACUAUUGCCCGAAACUAAAUUUAUCAGAACUUGGUGUUCAGUAUGUCUACAAGAAAACCCUCAACUCUUUAUUCCACUUUAUCAACACUUCAGAGCAUAAACCGACCGUCAUAUAUCGCACAUGGACGCCAGACCAUUUUGAGUUUGGCAGAUGGUCCAGUGGUGGAGUUUGCAACAGGACCACACCGUAUAAGGUUGGGGAAUACACUGGUACAGAUUUGGACCGUGCCAUGCAGAACAUUGAGUUGGAGGAGUUCACCAAGGCAAUAGGAAGAGCAAAUGGGGCAAAGCUGAAACUCCUUGACACUUUCAAACUUUCAUUGUUGCGACCUGAUGCGCAUCCAGGACCUUACAGGACGUUCCAUCCAUUUGGCGACGAUAAAAACAAGAAAGUUCAGAAUGACUGCUUGCACUGGUGCUUGCCUGGUGCAAUCGAUACUUGGAAUGAGCUAAUUGUUGAGCUUAUAAAGGACUAGUGAAUUCAAGUUACCUUUUUGCUGAUGGAACUUUGUUUCUUUAAUCCUCUACACUUGAAAUGGAAAUGCUUAUAAGCCAGUGUGUCAAAUUGAUGUAUUAGCAUUUAGCCUCCAUAUUACUAUAUUAGGUUUAAUUGUAAAUUUUCAUCUUUUAGAAACUCGAUUUAAUGGAAUCUGAAAUCUUAGCACA